AUGAACAACCUCCGGAACCAACAUCCUCAAGCCCUUCUCAGCAAAAGGGGUCGCCUUACCCAUCAUGCGCGAGGCGCGCUGCCGAUCAUGCGGGUGAUACCUCCCGCCCAACCUCCGGAGGUUACUCAACCCACGGAAAACCAACAUCAACCACACUACGACCACCAGCCGUCAGCGAUGUCCUUUUCCACCCUUCCGAUUCUAUAUUUCUCCGGUACGCUGGCUGGCCCUCGCUAA